UUAUAAGUAAGGGCUUGUCUACAUCAGAAAGUUGCAGCGCUGGUGAGGGAGUUACAGCGCUGCAACUUUGAAGGUGUACACCUCUGCAGGGCAUCACCAGCGCUGCAACUCCCUGUUUGCAGCGCUGGCCGUACUCCCGUUUUGUCUCGGGUGUAGAGGAUCCAGCGCUGGUGAUCCAGCGCUGGUAAUGCAAUGUAGACACUUACCAGCGCUUUUCUUGACCUCCGUGGAAUAAGCAGGUAUCCCAGCAUACCUGAGGAUACCUCUCUGGUAAUCAAGAAAACUCCUCUGCCCUGUGCUCACCUGACCCCUCCUUUAAAUCCCCCGGGAAAUUUAAAAAAUCACCUUCCUGUUUGCUCAGUCAGGCGUGGAGUGCAAUUAAUCAAUCAAUCAUUCAGCGACCAUGCCUCCACGCAACAAACGAGCCCCAGCAUGGACCAAUGCAGAGCUGCAGGAUCUAAUUAGUGUGUGGGGAGAUGAGGCUGUUCAAACACAGCUGCGCUCCAGAAGGAGAAACUACGAUACCUAUGGUCAGAUAUCGCAGUCCAUGCUGAGAAGGGGCCACGAACGGGACGCCUUGCAAUGCAGAGUAAAAAUUAAGGAGAUGAGGAGUGCAUACUGCAAAGCCCGUGAGGGAAACGGACGCUCAGGAGCAGCCCCCACAACCUGCAGGUUUUACAAGGAGCUGGAUGCCAUACUUGGGUGUGACCCCACCGUGAAUCCUAGGAGCACGAUGGAGAGUUCAGAGCAGGGAGAAGUGGGGGAUGGUGUAGAGGAUGAAUACAGUGAUGCUACUGGCGUUGAGGGGGACACCCCAGAGUCUCAGGACACAGGCAGCCAGGAGCUCUUCUCCAGCCCUGAGGAGACUAGCCAGUCACAGCAGCUGGAAGCGGACGUUGAUGAGGAAGCUGAGGAUCGUGCUCGUGACAACUCGAGUAAUGCGGCUGUGUCACCGGCCUCACGUAGAUUGCAGAAUUUGAGGCGCAAUCCUAGGAAAUGAAAAGAGGAGCUGAUCAAGACCGUUCUGAACCACUACAACAGGGAAAGUAGGAAGACUGAGGAGUGGAGAAAAAGUGUACAGGAAUGGAGGCUGACUGAAAGCAGGAGACAGGAAUUGUCUGCCAAAAGAAUAGCCAGGCAGAUGAUGAGACUCCUGUCUCGCCAAACCAAGUCUUUUGAGUCUCUUGUAGCCAUGCAGGCAAAUAUAUACCGUGAUAACCCACAGGCUUCCAAAAGCAAUGUUCCUUGUCCCCCUGUGUAUCCUCAAAAUAGCUUUAUGCAGCACCCAGUUCCUUAUUAUCAUCAGCUGCCCCCAACACCUAUAACAUCACCUAGUAACCAAGAUAUGUUUAAUUCUUACCCAGUGCACUCCACCCCCAUCAUUCUGCAGCAAAGUAAUGGUGAGUUGCAUCAGACGGUUACAAUUGAGUAAAAUAGGAAAUAGUAAAACCUCUGAAUGUACUGUGAACCACCCAUACCCCCUUACCUGUUUUUUACUGUAUGACAAAUAAAAGGUUUUGGUUUGUA